AUGUCAACGUCGUCCUCCGCUAGUCCAGUCAAGCGGUCUCCACCACUGGAGGUCGUUCCCUCACCCAGCAAUGAUUUUACCAUUUUCGUCGGUGGCGUUAUCGAUAGGGUCAAAUUCACGCUGGAUUCAGAUCUCAGGUAUAGCUUGACUUGGGCGUUUGGUGGAUACCUGCUAGAAGUGCCGAAACGUCUUGGUGUGAACCCAGCUUUGGAUGCUGCAGCAAGUGCACUCGUCGCGUCCCAUCGUCGUUUUAAUAGUGGCAUAAAAGUGGCCUCCGUGGAUGAAUUGACGAAAUACCAAUAUGCAUUGAGCCAGCUUAGGUCUACUUUAGAUGACUCUGCCUUAGCUGCUAGCGCCAACACACUCUGUGCUGUAAUGCUGUUGAUGAUAUGCCAGUAUUUUAUUGGCUUGAUUGGGAAUGCAUUCACAAGCCACUCGGAUGGUGCAGCACAGAUACUCAAGGCCAAAGGCAGCCGGUACAACGAAGCAGAUGACUUCGAGGCUGCAAUGAUUCUUUCGUUGCGGGGACCAAUUCUUUUCGAAGGACUUUUCAAUCGAAAAAUCCGUUUCAGAAACGACGAAUGGGAUCACCUUAUAAAAAACAGACUUGAAAAUGUGACUGAUGUUGGAAAAAUGUUAUGUUGUCUGGCUCGAGUCCCAGAAAUCGCAGAACGUCGUCAUCGUGCCCUGACGAAUGGAGAGGAGUACCAAUUUUCAGACUUGCGCAAUGAAUCAGCAGAGAUUUACGAUGUCUCAGUCAACAUUUCAAAAAAUCUUCAACAACUCUAUAUGGAUGCCGGAUCCAAGGCAACGGAUUCUUCGGGCACGAAAUGCAGAUCGGUCUGCUCCCCACGCGACUGGAUCCUGUAUGCAAACUAUCAACGGCUGUAUGGACUCAGUCUGUUCACCGUUUGUUUCCUUAACUGUUUGCUUCGAUCCUUCACCUCGUCCAACGAAACACAGGCUGGCCUCUGUGUCGAAGUCGCGUAUUACACGAACGAAAUAAUCACCCUGGCUCAUGAGUCAGAUGCAUUCAGGCCACUUGGCUCUUCGUACCUGAUCCUUUGUCUCUUUAUUGCAUGGCUCAGCGGGCCUGACAAUCGAACAAGAGAACAAAUUAUUGAGCUGUGGGAAGGCUGCUGCUCUGAUGUACCGAGCAUUAAACCACGAAUACAAGAAUUGGAAGCCACACCAUUUGGAUACACCAUUGUCGAUAUUUUGGACGGGAUUUCGACCAAAUGGGCAAUCCUGUCAACCGAAGGGGCGGAUUUUGAACGCGAACCUCAGUCACGCGAUCGUCCAUCGUGA